AUGACUGAUGAAAGUACUGCUGAAUUAAGACGUAGACAAAAACAAUGGGUCGACAAUUUACACGGUGAUAAACCGAUCGAAUCAAACAACUUGUUUUGGAAAUUGAUUUCUAAGGACUCAACUUUACAAGCUAAAACUGUCGAUAACUACCUGGAACAAUGGGACGGUAAGACAGAUAACGAAACUGAGAACCGUCGUUUGAAUUCUUAUAACGAAAACACUUUCUCCUAUUACAAUCUAGUCACUGACUUCUACGAAUACGGUUGGGGCCAAAGUUUCCAUUUCUGUAAAUUCUUUCCAAACGAUAAAUUCACAGAGGCCAUCAAAAGACACGAACAUGUCCUGGCCCACCGUGCUGGAAUCCAGAAAGGAGAUCUUGUCCUAGAUGUGGGUUGUGGUGUCGGUGGUCCUGCUCGCGAAAUCGCUAGAUUCACCGGUUGUAAAUUGAUCGGUAUCAACAACAACGACUACCAGAUCAAAAGAGCUAACCUAUACACCGACAGGGAAGGCCUGUCCAAAUCUGUCCAUUUUGUGAAGGGUGACUUCAUGAAUCUGGAUUUCCCUGAAUCCACCUUCGAUAAAGUCUAUGCCAUCGAGGCUACUUGCCAUGCUCCAAACUUGAAGGACUGUUACUCACAGAUCUAUAAAGUACUAAAACCAGGUGGUGUCUUCGCCGUCUACGAAUGGGUCAUGACCGACAAAUACGAUGAAAACAACCCUGAACACAGAAAGAUCGCCUACAACAUCGAAAUCGGUGACGGUAUCCCAAAGAUGUACAAAAGAGAAGUCGCAGAGUCUGCUUUGAUCGAUUCUGGUUUCGAAAUUUUGGAACAAGAGGAUUUGGCUUCUCCUGAGGAUCCAGUCCCAUGGUACUAUCCAUUGACUGGGGAUUGGAAAUAUAUUCAAAACUUAAACGACUAUUUAACCUUUUUCAGAACUUCUUACUUAGGUAGAAAGUUGACCAAUUUCAUGAUCUACGGUUUGGAAACCUUCAAGAUCAUCCCAAAGGGUUCUACCAGAGUCACUGACGCCUUGGAAAAUGCCGCUGUCGGUUUGGUGGCUGGUGGUAAGCAAGGUUUAUUCACCCCAAUGAUGUUAUUUGUGGCAAGAAAACCUCUAAAUGAAGAAGAUGAUGAAGAACUAGAAAACAAAGAUUAA